AUGGACCUGCCGAGAGAGCUCAUUCAGGGUGUAGAGACAGAGCCUGGUAGCUACCGAGAAGCCCGAAAGAUAGUGAAGGCCAAGGGUAGGCUUGUAGCGAAGGGCUUCAAGCAGAAGCAUGGUGUGGAUUAUCUUGAGACUUUCUCGCCGACUGCAAAUGCUGCAUCGAUUCGUUUGUUGGUAGCACUGGCGUGCAAGUAUGAUUUGGAAUUUCUCCACUUUGACAUUGAGCAAGCGUUUGUUCAGUCGGAAAUGGAUCACGAGGUGUUCAUAAAAGUUCCUCUUGGAUGCGAGUCGAUGACAGGAAAGGUAGUCCGUUUAGACAAAAGUUUGAAGUAUGGACUGAGACAGGCAUCUAGAACAUUUCACAAGAGACUUGUAUCGAACCUGAGGUUGGUUAGUGUCGAACAAUCUCUAUCUGACCCCUGUGUUGUGCGUUUCAUAAUGUCAAACGAGGUGAUGUGUAUGAUCGCGAUUCAUGUGUAUGACAUUCUGUAUGGAGGAAUUGAGAGCCUUGCCAAGAUAGUUGUGCAAGCGCUAGGUGACUCUUUUCACACGGAAAAAUUUGGCAAGGUCAAGUUCUUUCUUAGUUGCGCAUUUAGUCGCGACCGCGAGGCUGGCACGAUUGACAUGUCUCAAGGGAGUUGCGUCAGGAGUGUUCUUGAGAGAUUUAAUAUUUGUCGCACCAGCUCGAUCCCUGCUUCCCCUGCCAGUGAUUACAGGUCCGUGAUGGAGGAGGAGAAGGCAGGGGAUGUGCCGUUCCGAGAGGUGGUGGGGAGCCUGAUGUGGAUCGCCAACCAGACGAGGCCCGACAUCUCAAAUGCUGUGCGGGCGGUGGCGAGGCACUCACACGAGCCAAAGAAAAGCCACUGGAAGGCGGACCAGAAGAAGAUUCUUAAUUAUCUUUUGGAGACGGCAUAUCUCACUUUGAAGUACAAGCAAGACACUAUUGUAGACGUAGGCGCCUUGGUAUACGUAGACGCAGACUUCGCCAGUAAGGCCACUGACCGUAGAUCAGAUUCGAGAGCACUAGUUCUUGUAGCUGACUGUCUUGUUGCUUGGAUUUCUAGGACGCAGAAAUGUGUCACACUCUCAAUAAUUAAAGCAGAGUACCUCAGAAAACUUUCACUUAGUGUCUCAUACUCUACAUGA